UGAAUGCCGAUGACCCCACAGUGCUGAUCGGUGCCGUGGGCGGUUCCGUCACCUUCCAGAGCCGUAACCCGGAUCGAAUAUCGGCAUUCUGGACUUUUGGGACUGUACCCAUCGUGACCGUGAUAUUCAGGGAUGGCCCUCAAGCCGUGUUUUCAGUAAAAAUAUAUGAGAAGCGUUUCUCCAUCUCUGAGGACGGCAACGCCCUCACUCUCUCCCAGCUGAGCAUGGAGGACGCCGGCAACUACUCCGUAAGGAUUAACAGCAAAAUAUCCACCUUCACCCUGCACGUGUACAGGCCGCUGCCCCAGCCCACGGUGACGUGCGAGGCCCAGAACUGCUCGGCCGGGAGCUGCCUCCUGUCCCUGCGCUGCUCCGCGCCCGGCGCCGGCCUGGGCAGCGUCCGGCUGGGCUGGAGCAGGGGGCAGCGGCCGUGGGCCGAGGGCGCCGCGCUGCAGCUGCUGCGGGAACCCAGCCCGGAGGGGCCGGAGCCGCUGACCUGCACGGCCCGGAACCCCGUCAGCAGCAGCAACGUCACUGUCACCGACCCCGGGGGGCUCUGCAACG